CCUGAAUUUCACACCUUCGUGGCAGAACGACUACUCAGCAGCACUGAAGAUCCUGUGUUACUACUAUCAGGACAAGGCGGUAGAAAUGCAGUAGUGUCCUCUAGUGGCAGUGCAGCGAAAGUGCUAGAGAGAAGUACUCUAGAGAAAACAGAAACACCUCCAGCUACAUUCGCUGAUGAACAAGUAGCAGCGGAAACUAGGAGAGUAUCUACUACUUCAGGAUCAGGAACAACACAAUCCCUAGCAGCAGUAGAGCCUGAAGGAGAACCUGAGCCUAUGAGCAUUGGCGCUAGUGGAGAGAAGGGCAAGGGCCUCAAAGAAUCCAGAACCGACAAUGGACCUAGUGUCCCAAUAGCAGCUUUAUCGAUCUACGCUGUAGGCCUGGCGAGUGGCAUCAUGCUCUCUCAACCUCCCGUCAUGUUCGCCUUGACUCAUCGCGUCCGCGCAGUGGCGAUUGUCUCGAUCACAGAGAGGAUCUUAUGACAUCUUGCUGUAGUGUUGCUAAAGAAAGGUGAGCAACCAUAUUCAUCUUCUUUUCAACUUAGGCGUACUUACUUUACUUAGCCAGCACGUCGGUCGCGCUCGCGAGUGAUCUUUUGAGCCCUUUCACCUUGAUCGCUAUGCCUAAAAAGCAUUAUCUAUGUGUCAAGGCAGACUGUUGAUUCAGAAAAUGACCCUCAUGCCCGAUCUCUCGUUCCCACAGCCUCUAACAUACGCCUUCGAAAUCGCAUUCCUCGCAAUGCCGUUCCUGUUAGCGAUCCACUACGUCCUCGGAUGGCCAGCUGUGUGGGCUUUGCUUGCGUUCCUCUCUGCAGCUGCUACCAUGGCCACGGAUGUCUAUAUGAAAGAGGCUGUGUUGACACCAUGAUGACAUGAUGAAUCAAGACGUACUUGUUGUUACGCUUAGAGGUGUUAGAGGUGUGCAUGUAGGUAAAAAAUUAGUCUAGUAGACAAAGACAUGUCGAUAGUGAAGAUUCCUCACAAUCAAGACCUGAAUGAAAUUCAAGGCCACAAUCUAUCAGGAGUUCAACUUGACUACAUAGUUCAACUAAGUUGUCGUUAAAAUAAUCAUCGUUAAGGUGACGCGAAUAAUGAUAUACUUUUUUGUUAAAAAAGAUGUAACGCCUUGGUCUUCUUCGGUUCAAAAUCAAUAUUUCUACAGUGCAUUUCAUUUUCAUAACAAGAACUUGAACCUAUUGUGCAUAGUCGUGACAAAAUGUAUAGAAGCAGUAUGAUGUUCAGCUGCCUGAGUCAAUUACACAACUACAAUCAAAGUCUCCUGAAUAUUAUUGCACUCAAUCACCAUCUUCACGUUACUUCACUCUCACAAGGAUAUCAUAGAACAUCAUAAGAACAGUAGUCUCAAUGAAUCUUCUCAAAUCUCAAACUCAACAACGAACCUGUCAUCAAGACGAACUUUACUCUCUAAUUUGCCAAGAAUACCGCAGAUGCACUGCAAUUCGUAACUGCCAAGUAAUAGAUAGUAUGUGAACAAAGCAGUACCUUGAUCUUGAAGAGUACCAAGUAGUAACAAACCCUCCUAGUACUAGUAGAAGUAGUGAUUCUAAAUGAAGAAGUAGGAUCCUACUAGGACAAACAAGAUGCAAGUCGUACCAAGUACUCGUCAGCGAGAAACCACAAGAUCCACCUGAUGCAGAUGAGAAUGUGCAAUAGAAUAAUGAGAUACUCAUGUUGUGCAUGUGCAGCAAGCACCAGGCUGCUUCUACUUUGUACAACUGGCACAGGAACUUUUUACUUGCUCCCUCCAGCAUGACAAG